AUGCGGUAUACCCCGGAUCAAAUCUGGUUGAAAAUUCUGUCUGAGUUAGGCGACACCAUUCGAGAAGAUGUUUACCUGCGUCAAGCCAAACCAAUGGCUCUCACAGAAAGUGAACUGACAGUUUCAGUUCCGAGUGUGUAUACACACGAGCAAAUUGCAAGCCGUUUUCUUCCUGAUAUCAACGGUCUCCUAGAGAAACAGAUUGGCGCAAACUGUCGGCUCAAAAUCAUUGCUGCACAGCCCGAUGGAAAAAGGCACCCUGAACCUUCGGUCUCAUCUACCCCUGCUACUGAACCUGAUGAUGAUGCCCCCUCGACCGAUACAACCCUUAACCCCGAAUAUACUUUCGAUCGGUUCGUUGUAGGAACAGGCAAUCGUUUGAGUCAUGCGGCAUCACUUGCUGUGUCAGAAAAUCCCGGGAAGAUUUACAACCCGCUUUUCAUCUAUGGCGGUGUGGGAUUGGGUAAGACCCACCUUCUGCACGCAAUCGGCAACCGGAUCCAAGAGGUUCAUUCCAAGCAGAAAGUACUCUAUAUCUCUUCUGAGACCUUUAUGAAUGAAUAUAUUGACUCUAUCAUCACUCGCACAACCGCCUUCGAUUUCCGAAGCAAAUAUCGGACGGUCGAUGUGCUCCUUAUUGAUGAUAUUCAAUUUUUACAACGUAAGGAGGGGACUCAGGAAGAAUUUUUCCAUACUUUUAAUGAACUUCACCAAAAUUCAAACCAUAUUGUGAUGACAAGCGACCGCCCACCGAAAAACCUUGAAACCGUUGAAGAACGCUUACGCUCCCGUUUUGAGUGGGGAAUGGUUGCAGACAUCAGUCCACCACAAUUUGAAACAAGGAUCGCUAUCCUUCGCCAGAAAUGUGAAGACCAAAAUUUGGAAAAUGUUCCCGACUCCGUUUUAAGCUACAUUGCCGAAGCGAUUCAAACAAACAUUCGGGACCUAGAGGGAUCACUCAUUAGGGUUGCCGCAGAAGCAAGUCUUUUUAAUGAGGAAUUGACAGUCGAUUUUGCUCGUAAUGUGUUAAACAACGUCGCCACACCGGCACCCCGAAUUAACUCUAAAGCUAUCACGGCAGAAGAUAUUCAAAAAGUGGUAGCGGGCUAUUUUCGCCUCAAAAUCAGUGACCUCAAAUCCUCUACACGUACAAAAGCAAUUGUUGUUCCCCGACAAAUUGCCAUGUAUCUUUGCCGCCAACUAACCAACCUUUCCCUGAUGGAAAUCGCAGAUGCUUUCGGCAGGCAAGAUCACACGACCAUUUUACACGCUAAUAACCGAAUUGAAGAAAGUAUCCGAGCAGACGCGGAACUGUACCAAACAAUUAACUUUUUAAUCGAAGAUAUUCAAUAA